GGAGCCGGAAGACGGUGUGCACUGUACGCUGUGCACUGUGCGCUGUGUGUGGACGGAAUUCGGGACGACGGGCGGACGGCUGCCGCGAACGGGCAGCAUUGUCCUGGGUUAAUGGAAGAAGGGUGAAUAAACUCAACAGUCCUAACCAGUGAGAAAAAUUUCCAUGCUGUGAAAACACCAAGGCUACAUUGAUUACCCACCCACCCAGCACAGCAUCUUACAGGAGAAGCGUAGCAUUUCCUAGAGGAAUAUGAGCAUAAGCAGGAAGGUGUCGCUGGCUCUGAAUUAAAAUUUUAACCUGUCCCCCGAACAGCUACAGGAUUUGGAAGCUGAAUCAAUGUUAUCAGAUGAGUUAGAGUCCAAACCAGAGCUCCUGGUACAGUUUGUUCAGAAUACGUCCAUCCCGCUGGGACAGGGGCUAGUAGAAUCAGAAGCUAAAGAUAUUACUUGCUUGUCCCUCCUUCCGGUGACUGAGGCCUCAGAAUGCAGUCAGCUAAUAUUACCAGAUGAUACUCCAAGUCAUACUAACUCCUCCAAGGAGGUCCCUUCUUCAGCUGUGCUGAGAAGCCUGCAGGUGAAUGUGGGCCCAGACGGAGAGGAGACGAGGGCUCAGACUGUGCAGAAGUCCCCGGAGUUUUUGUCCACUCCAGAGUCUCCUAGCUUGUUGCAAGAUCUACAGCCGAGUGAUAGCACUUCUUUUAUUCUUCUUAACCUCACAAGAGCAGGCCUGAGCUCUUCAGCCGAGCACCUGGUAUUUGUGCAAGAUGAGGCCGAGGAUUCAGGGAAUGAUUUCCUCUCCGGGGAGAGCACGGACAGUAGCAUUCCCUGGUUCCUCCGGGUCCAGGAGUUGGCCCAUGACAGUUUGAUCGCUGCUACUCGUGCACAGCUGGCAAAGAAUGCAAAAACCAGCAGCAAUGGAGAAAACGUCCACCUUGGUUCUGGUGACGGGCAGCCCAAAGAUUCUGGGCCCCUUCCUCAAGUGGAAAAGAAGCUCAAGUGCACAGUGGAAGGCUGUAACCGGACGUUCGUGUGGCCAGCGCACUUUAAGUACCACCUCAAAACCCACCGGAAUGACCGCUCCUUCAUAUGCCCUGCAGAAGGCUGUGGGAAAAGUUUCUAUGUGCUGCAGCGGCUGAAGGUGCACAUGAGGACCCACAAUGGAGAGAAGCCCUUUAUGUGCCCUGAGUCCAGCUGUGGUAAGCAGUUCACCACAGCUGGGAAUCUGAAGAACCACCUGCGGAUCCACACAGGGGAGAAGCCUUUCCUUUGUGAAGCACAGGGGUGUGGCCGCUCCUUUGCCGAGUAUUCCAGCCUCCGAAAGCAUUUGGUGGUUCACUCAGGGGAGAAGCCUCAUCAGUGUCAAGUCUGUGGGAAGACCUUCUCUCAGAGCGGGAGCAGGAACGUGCACAUGAGAAAGCAUCACCUGCAGCUGGGUGCAGCUGGGAGUCAAGAGCAGGAGCAGACUGCCGAGCCGCUCAUGGGCAGUAGUUUGCUGGAAGAGGCUUCGGGGCCCAGUAAAGGCCUGGUGUCCGUGAGUUCCCAGCCCAGCCUUGGUGGAGAGUCGCUGAACCUACCGAACACCAAUUCUAUCAUAGGAGUGGAUGAUGAGGUGCUUGCUGAAGGAUCCCCACGCCCCCUGUCCGCAGUGCCUGAUGUGACACAUCACUUGGUGACCAUGCAGUCAGGGAGGCAGUCAUACGAGGUUUCUGUCCUGACGGCCGUGAAUCCCCAGGAGUUACUAAACCAAGGAGAUUUAACUGAAAGGCGGACAUGAGCCUGGGCGCUGAAUCCUGGAAGAGCAGCCGUGCCUGAUCCCAGGGUUCACACCGUGGGAACGGCUGCUUCCGGCUCCCGGUUCGCCAGAACCCGAGUGACUCUGCGAACCACGAGACCCGCUUCCUCCUCUGGCUUCUUCCCUGGCGUGGAGGGUGAACGCAGGAGAGCUGCGCUUCAGACUGUCUGGUGCGGGACGGAAGAGAGCAGUGGAUGUGGGCUGGGUAACUGUACCUACCGGUCUCCCCCCUGCAAAAUUUUGGGAUGGACUUCUCCCAGAAAUGAACUUGAUUACAUGUUGGCUGAAGUUUCUCUGUAUAACUGUUGAGAGGUUUUCCGAUGAAGAGCUUUCAUCCCAGACUAAGCUGUGUUUUCACGUGGAUGAACUGUGAGUCCUGCCACCAACCAUAAAACUUCACCAAGAAGUUGAGCUUUCCAGAUGCCUUGUUGCUUUGGAGAAGGGAGUGGUGUCGGUUCUGUGGUGACACCCUCCCUUUAGCAACCCGAGUAAGAGACUCUCGCCACUGGGCUGCAAAAAAAUAAAUAAAUUACUUGAAUCCCUA